GUGCCCGCGUCCACGGCUACCCUGAGGUGUUUGCUAGGACGCGCAUCUCCGACCACGCCGCCAUCAGCGCCACGUUCUCUGCCCGAGUGGCGGCCAAGCCGCGCGAGCAGAAGAUGCAUCAGGAUAUCUUUAAAAGGCCAGAGUAUUCCAGGUUCAUCGCCAAG